GGUCCUGAGCAUCACCCAACGCCAAAAUGCCUCCGAAGUCUGGUAAGAAGGUUGCCCCCGCCCCCUUCCCUCAGGGGAAGGCUGGCUCCAAAAAGGCCCCCAAGAACCCGCUUAUCGAGAAGCGGCCCCGCAACUUCGGCAUCGGCCAGGACAUUCAGCCCAAGCGCAACCUCUCGCGCAUGGUCAAGUGGCCGGAGUAUGUCCGCCUCCAGCGCCAGAAGAAGAUUCUCAACAUGCGCCUGAAGGUGCCGCCUGCUAUCGCCCAGUUCCAGCAUGUCCUCGACAAGAACACGGCUGCCCAGGCCUUCAAGCUCCUCAACAAGUACCGCCCUGAGACCAAGGUUGAGAAGAAGGAGCGUCUUCUCAAGGAGGCCACGGCCAUCAAGGAGGGCAAGAAGAAGGAGGACGUCAGCAAGAAGCCCUACGUUGUCAAGUACGGUCUCAACCACGUUGUUGGCCUGAUUGAGAACAAGAAGGCCUCGCUCGUCCUCAUUCCUAACGAUGUCGACCCCAUUGAGCUCGUUAUCUUCCUGCCCGCUCUUUGCCGCAAGAUGGGCGUUCCGUACGCCAUCAUUAAGGGCAAGGCCAGGCUCGGCACUGUCGUCCACAAGAAGACUGCGGCUGUCCUCGCCAUCACCGAGGUCCGCUCCGAGGACAAGAACGAGCUGUCCAAGCUCAUCUCUGCUAUCAAGGAGGGCUACCUCGAGAAGAACGAGGAUGCCCGCAAGAAGUGGGGUGGUGGUAUCAUGGGCGCCAAGGCCCAGAAGCGCAUCGAGAAGCGCCAGAAGGCCAUCGAGACGGCCAUCAAGGUCUGAGGAAACAUUGCAACGGUCCGGUUGGCGCGGGUGCACUUACGAAUGGCGUACGGGAAUACCAAAACCAGAUCAGGGUGAAAUAAACUGCUUACGUCGGUCACAUACGGGCGUUGAUACUGGGUUCUGAAUUUCUUUUCGAGUUGGAGCAGCUGAAUGAAUGCCAUGGAUACCCCCAGAUGCAGGAUUUCAGAGUUCCAUAUGCUGUGAUUGCCUUUACGUUUUGGUCACCCCAUGAUGCCACACUCCUGGACAAAGGCUACCACGCCAGACUUUGAGUUCUCGACCCCGGAUUGGAACCAAUGCAACACGGUCC